GACACAUGCGGUACGGGUCCUAAUUGACAUUCCUGUGUGUUACUCAUGAGACGAACGUAUCUACAGACACGCAAUGCACAAUAAAAUAUGACGCAGAGCACUCAUCUCACAUCUGUACAUGCCGUACAAAUCCUUCACGUAUUAUGCUCAUAUAUACCCUACGGGCCUGCUCGCGUCCCGUUGUACCAUAUAAUGACGACAAGACAAACGACAUUUACAUCAUUUUCUACUUCCUCCCCUAGACUUCCCAAGGUGACUUGGGUAUAUAACUUACCAUUGCAUUUUAUUAUGAUGAAUGUUGUCCUAGACCUCACGAGCGAAAUGAACAGCUUCAUUUUACGUUUAGUAUUGUCGCACGUUGCUUUCGAUAUCUCUGCUUUCAGUAUAUUUGCUUUCGCUAACUACGAUCUUGCUCACUGAGCUUCUUAACCAACCACUUCCUUGUUUAUUGUCGCCCCUGUUUUGUUUGCAUUGCUCUCCUACGGAACCAAAUUGAUCAUGAAUCUGAAUCUUUCGAGCGGUAGCAGGGUCGAGUGAGUGCUGCGCUUGUUGCGAGU